AUGCAUUUAAUAUUCAGGUUCAUUUUGACCUAUCUAUUUGGAGGAGUGUCUUUUGUGCCCCUAACAUUAUUACUCAUAUGGUAUCUAUCGCCACAAACUUCGGAGAUACCUGAGGAGAGAACGAAGCAAGAUGAGUUAAAGGCUGAGCAAGAAAGCCUAAAACAUGGUGAACCAAUCGGUUAUAGGACAUUAAGAGCAGGAGAGCUAUUCUAUAGGCAAAAUAGUGGUAAAAAGGCUUCAUAUUCUGGAUGGAUCACCGUGACAAAGGAAUUUUAUAGAUUUCCUCAGAUCAAUUCAGAGGAUUUCAAAUCGAAUGCUGAAAAUGCUGAAAUGGACACAGAAUCGAAUGUUUUAACUGAUGGUACCACUGGCUCUUCGGGAAUUUUCAGCAAAAUGAUGAAAACUGGAAACAAUAGUAACAAUCAUGCAGCAGGAAGCGGUGUAAACUCAGUCGAUGAUGAAAAUGAAAGCGACCCAGCAGCUCACGGUACUGGUAAAUUGAGGACGAUUCGGAAAAGAAACAGGUUUUUUGGUGUCAUUAAGCAUGGAAACUUAUUUCUCUAUUCAAAUGAGACCCAGAAGGAUGUUAAACAUGCUAUUGUUUUAGAUAAUUAUAUAGUGGCUUUAUGGCCCAGAGACCUAACUGACGGACAAUUAUUUACUAAAAGAAGUUCCAUAGUUUUGAUAAAGAAAGCUGACAAGGUGGAAGAGAUGGAGCAUCUUGUAGAUAUUUUAGAAGGGAAAGCACUCAAUAUCACUCUGCCCAAAUCUUCACGAUAUCUCUACGCUGACACUUCGAUUGAGAAGGAAGAUUGGUAUUUCUCAUUGCUUAGAGCCACUUCUGGUGAAUACAAUAUGACAGGCCAUUCAGUAUUUGAUAAACUGAAUCCGACUUUGAUGGCGAGACCUCUCUACUGCAACACUUCGGACAUGAUUGAUUUGAUUGAAACACUCAACUCAACAGAGCACCAAUUAUCAUCAAAAUGGUUGAACGCACUUAUUGGAAAGUUGUUUCUAGCCACUUAUAAAACAGAAGAAUUUAAAACUGCAUUUAAAAAUAAAAUUGAAGAAAAAUUGAAGAAAAUCAGGACUCCGGGAUUUUUGGAUCAAUUACAGAUCCAACGAAUUGAUGUUGGUCAUGCAGCUCCUUUUAUUACAAACCCUAGAUUGAAAUCGUUGAGUCCAGAAGGUGAUCUAGAAGUCUUAGUGAAUUUCUCAUAUGCUGGUAAGGCUAUGGUGGAAAUUUCCACAAAGCUAUUUCUAAACAUCGGAGUUGGCUUUAAACAGCGUCAAUUUAAUAUUAUCAUGAAAAUUACAGUUAACAAAAUCAAUGGUGAAUUGAUGGUGAAACUGAAAAGUGAGCCUUCAAGCAGACUAUGGUAUACAUUCACAGGAAUGCCUGACAUUGAUUUAGAGAUUGAGCCCGUUCUUAGCUCAAGAAAUAUAAGUUAUGGUAUUAUUACAACUAUCUUGGAGAACAAAUUCAAAGAUGCAAUCAAGACGAGCUUAGUGUACCCAUUUUUUGACGAUUUCAUAUUCUAUAGGUCACCACAAGAACUAUUCAGAGGUGGCAUAUUUGAUCGAACCGUUAGAACCAAGACGAAUGAGCAGGACAUAGGAAGUUCACAUGCUAUGGAAAAACCGAGGAGUGGAGAUAACCUCGAGGUAGAGGCAGAGAAGACAACUAUAUCUAAUGCAUCAGUACAAUCCAAGGGAUCGAUCAAUACAAGCUGCAGCAAACACUCAGAACAACCUAGCCAAUUGAGCACCAUUCCCAGCCUAGUUGAUGGAGAUGAGAGUAAUCAGCAGAAAUCUACAGAUAGUGUCACGUCAGAGCAAAUCAAAGGAACAGUUAUUAAAUCAUAUGCUAAAAUUAAACAAUGGUACAAAAAACAGCCUGCUACUGAAGAUAAUAAAACUUCGUCCAAGGCUAAUAGAGUUUUGACUGUUAAUAAGGAAGAGUACAAUCCCCCGGAAAUGAUAUCUAACCGAAGGCGCGUUACCCCUCGUCUGGAAAGCACGAUGGACUCAGCCAAAGCAGAAACAUUUUCGUCAGGUGUUUCCCACUCUAAUGCCAGAGGUGAGGCUUUUAUCAACUUGGAGAGAAAGCGUGCAGGUUCUCAAGCCUCCAAAUUUGGGUCAGUUUCUUCUAUGGAAGAUGUUUUCAGAGCCCAACGAACACAUGCCUCCCCGGGGUCUCCAAAAAUGUUUGUGAAUGAAAAGUAUGGCUCUGUUUCAAGCAAUACCCCGAACGUUGCGGAAUUUGGUGCCGCAUCUCAGCCAUGGGUAAAACCAUCGCCUGAAAACGGAAAUGCGGAGUCAUUCAUUGCAACAUCAGUUAUUGGCAAAGAGAUGUCUCAUGAGGGGCCAGAUGAAUAUCAAGACAACGUUAAUGAUCUAGAGACAUCGCAAAAACUUUCCUCAAAGCGUAGACCGCCGCCAGUCAUGACUAGAGUCAUUCCGUCUACUGAAACUAAAACAGAGUAUGAGCCUAUAUGA